CCAUUCUUCAACUUCCUGACCUGAUAUCUAUUUGAUUAGACAGAUCUGGUCGGUGUGCAGUGUACAUUUUCAAGAUGGUUUUCAAUCAGGACAAUAAUUAUAUCUUAAAAUAUUUCUAAUAAUCUUGCUUGCAGCGAAAUACAGUAAAUAGCACGAUUUUUCACAGUGUGUUAUUUUUGGAAAUCUACAGGAAAAUUGUGUGCUUUUAAGAGGAAGGGGUUAGAGAUAAAUACACCAGGUACAAAUAAAAUUAUUAUGUAAGAUUUUUAUGAUGAGAAGAAAGGAGGAUGAAAGGAUACAAUCGCAUGAACAAAUUCACUCGACCGUUACAGAUGCGAUGAAAUUAAACUUGUCCGUAUAAUAACAUAGCAUCAUUGAUAAUAAGUCGUUUGUUCGCUGCUCGAAAAUUAGUUUCAGGAGAAAGGACCCUUUCAAUUCCUUUCAUUUCAAUGAUCAAAACAAUCAUACAGAACAAUGCAAACGACAGUAUAAUUGUAGACGUCAAAUGGAACAUUCAUCAUUAUGAUGAUCAUUAGACAAGGAUAUUGGUAUCGAUUGCUAUUAGCAAUUACGAUUUUGUCGAGGCAUAUUAAAGCAGAAAAGCAAAAGCGGCAAAUUUUUCGAGAGCAAGUGCUACCAGCAUUGGGUGGUAAAAUUCCAGAGGAAGCUUUCAAAACGGAUCGCUUGGCACUGAAUCGAUUGAACAAAGAAGGUAUUACUGUACCUGACGGUAUCGUCUUAAAUGCUCGGCACGUUCAUAAACAUCCGAAUUUCGAUCAAAAUAAGGAAAUAAUUAAGGUCUAUCUAACAUCAGACGGUCAAUAUGUACCACUGGAAAGCCGACCUCAUUAUAAUCAUCUGAAAACCGUGGAUACAACUUACAUUAUACGAAGACCGUUUAUGCACACAAAUUAUCAAACGUCGAACAAUUUCGAAAACAUUAAACUCCAAAGUCAUUCGAAGCCACAGAUCUAUUCGAAUUAUAGACAAUUUAUACCAAUUAUACCACCCGCUAAACCGGGUAUUUACAAGCCUAUUGUAACACCUUUAAUAUUGCCGGCAGAUUUGUUUCAUGUAUCCAGCUGGAAGAUGGGAUAUGAUUGGGACACCAUAUAUGAACCAUUUGAUGAUUACUUUGUUAAUAAUAUCGCGCUCUUCAAUUCAAAUCAAGAAAAUGUCUUAUCGUUACGGCUGAAACUUGGUCCAGUUUCGCUCAUAUUCAAACUCGGUGCGGUCAUGCCGAAAAAUCGCUGUAUACUUCCCGUACUUUUGCUCGCCAGUAUACUGGCAUGUUCAGCCAUCGUACAGAAACAAAUUCCGAUGGAUGACUAUGAUGAGUAUCAAAAUUUUCAACCGGUAGUGGGAUUUCGUCGACCAAUUAUCGUAAAAGAAGAGUCGAAGAAAGAACAAGACUUGAACAAAAUUCCUGGAAUUCCUGGAGUGGAUUAUCCCAUUUAUCAUACGGUGCCACGUACGAGUUUUUCUUGCGCAUAUGUUCCGAUCGUACCAGGAAUGUAUGCAAAUGUGGAAACUGGUUGUCAGGCAUAUCACAUUUGCCAUGACGGACGUGAAGGACACCAGGGUGCCUCUUUCUUAUGCACCAAUGGAACACUUUUUAAUCAGCACGAAUUUGCAUGUGACUGGUGGUACAAUGUUAAUUGCGCCAAUGCACCAUCGCUUUAUAGACUUAAUGCAGAUCCAUUAAAAAAUCCAUACGUACCAAAGGAAACAAAAGACGAACUUCGAAGAAGAUUGAAGAUUGUCGUAUUUUAAAUAUAAUUAACUAGUUAAUUAAUCUUAUAUAAUUUCCCAAUUUUACACAAGUGUAGUUAAUUAAAAAUGAUUCAUUAAAUUUUUAACCAUGUGUAAAAAAAAUUAAGAUAAUUUUUUUACGAUCUAAAAUCAACAAAUCAUGUUUUUUAAUUAUACAAUUAAUUUUCCACUUUAAUUUUGCAAUUCUCAACAUAUUAAUUUAUUAAUUUCAACGUCAAUGUCGAUCGUAAUUAUCGCAGAGAUACAAAAAUAUUGAGAUGGUAAAAGAUAUGAGGAGAGAGUACUGCGGAAUUUUGAGAGAAGUAUGGCGAAAGUGAGAUUGAUGCGUGAGAUUAAUCGAAAGAAUCAUUAGCUUUCUUCUCUUUUCUUUUCAAAAAAUACAAGAUUUCCUCAAAUCGAUCGUUUCCUAUAAUCGGAAAAAAAAUCGGCAUAAAGAAAAAAAAUAAUGUAGAAAAAAAAUACAGGGAAAUAAUGUAAAAGAUAUAGUAGAUAAUAAUAAAGUAAAUAAUAAAGAGCAGAACAUUUUCCUAUAAAGCUUUGUUUUUAAAAAAACUUUGAUUUUGAACAUCUGAAAAUUAAUAAUAUUAUAUUUUUGUGCUUUUUUGGAUAAAAAAACAUUAAUAGCAUUGCGUUAUUUGUCAUUUAUUACAAUGGCAGAAGUUAUACAAAAUUUAUAAAAAAAGGAAUAUUACAAAUUUAAAAAAAAACAAUAAGAAAUUGUUUCUUUUAUUCUUUAGAUAUUAUAAUUACAAUUAUUAGGGAUGUCUCAUAACCUUUGUAUAAUAUUUUAAUAGCGUAUUCUAGAGGCAAAAUGGAAUUAAAAAUCUUAAUACGGAAAUAUCAAGGCUAUAGUUUUUGAGUUAUAAAUGAUCAAAAUUUGCGAAGAUAAUAAUAUUGCGAAGAAUUUGCGCGCUCAGGCUUAUAACUACAUUUACAUAUGUACUGAUCUGUCAUCAGUUAUUGUUGAUAAAUAAAAUAAAUGAAUUGUUUUCCACAAAACUUCUCUUCGCGAUCAAAACAAAAAUAAGUUUUAUUUUUCAAAUAUGUAAAAAUAUUAUGUUUAUAUUUCUAUUUAAAUAUAAUAAUUAAUCAACUAUUUAAAUUGUUAUUUAAGAAGAAAUUAAAUAUUUUACGUACAACAUUUACAAUUUAUUAAUAUACAGCUGACUGCUGUACAUAGUACUCAAAUGCAUAAGAAACAAUAAAAUUAGCCAUAAAAAUUUAUCUGAUUUGUAAAAUCAAUAACAGAUGACAGAUCGGUACGCUCGUAUGUGUAGUUAUGAAUCUGAAGGCAUGAAUUCUAUACGAUAUCAUUGGCAACUUUGAUCGCUUAUAAUUCAAAAACUUUGCAACCUCAAAAGAUUUGUAUUGGAAUUUUUUAUUUUAUUUUAUCUUUAAAACUUAUUUUUUAUUUUAUUUUAUCUUUAGAACACUAUUAAAGUAUUGUACGGAGGUUGUGAAACUGUAUAUCACAGUUUUGCUAUCAUAAAAAUUAUCUAUGUUGCGCGUUCACUCAAAUAUAAUGUCAGUAGUCCGUAAUAUGCAUUUAUUGAUUACUGAAUCUUUGUUAUAGGAACUCAGCACAAAAUCUCAGCAAACACUUUUUUAUUUUUGCAUGACACUCGUCUCGUCGGCAAUGGUUAUGCUUCACACACGUAAAUAUCCGAUUGCCGUUAAUUAUGGCAAGAAGGAUGAAAAUCGUACAUAAUAAUCUGAAACGAGUAUUAUUGGCAGAUAUUGUCAAGUGAAUGAAAAAAAGUGCAGCGAGUAUUGUAUUUUUCUUCUUUUCCGCAAGAUAAGUUAAAUGAUUAUUGAAAGGCAGUAGUUAAGUACGUGAUUAAAAAAUGAUUUUAUUAAUAUUUUCGUCGAUUAAAUUUAACUAAAUUUAUCAUAAUUUAGAACUCAGUAAUUAAGAUUUUGUUACGGAAAGUGUCAUGCAUAUUAAUUUUAUUAAUUAAUUUUCAGCAAAGCGUGGUUGUAUAUUUUUGCUAAGCAACAUUAUUGUAAGAGUUUAAUUGAGGAUAUAUAUGUAUCAGAUUUAUUGUUAAAUAUAUUUAAUAAAAACGUUAAGGAAGAGAAA